GCCAUGGUGCAUUUCGGGAAUUUUUCAAAUGAAUAUAACGCUAAAAGUUGCUUUUACAGUACUGUACACUUUUUACAUUUUGAUCACUUUAACACAUCUUUAUUUGAAUAAAAAAACAACAAAUACAUUUGUUAAUUUUGAAUGGUAAUUUUCCUUUUAAUUUUAAAUGGUAGCCGCAGGAUAUUCAGGAAACCGCUUUGAGUUUGUUAUAACAUUUAUUUGUUUCAAGUGAUUAAAGGUAACUACUUAUUUACACGUCCAAAUACUUUGUGGCCACUGUAUAAUAUUGAUAUUAGAAGUAGCGAUUGUAAAUAUUGUACGUUUGUUGCUCCGCCGCUGCGUGUGACGCCAUGGCUGGGCGGGGCUUGUUUUCAAACCCAGACGCAGGCUCACAGCAACGAAGAUGGCGGCGCUGGGGUCCGCCAAAUCCGCUGGACCGGGGCAGAGAAGCGCUCCUCUGAGCCUGGAGGAGGCCCGGUGCCCGGUGUGCUCCGAGAUCCUGCUGGAGCCCGUGACGAUGCCGUGUGGUCACUCGGUGUGCCUGCACUGCUUCCAGCGCACGGUGAAGCUGAGCAGCCUGUGCUGUCCGCUGUGCCGGCUGCGGGUGUCCAGCUGGGCCCGCAAACAGUCCCGGGAGAAGAGCCUAGUGAACGCCGAGCUCUGGGAGCUGAUCCGCCUCAGCCAUCCGGAGAGAUGCAGGCGGAGGAUGGAGCAGAGAGACGGGCAGACCGCCGACGGAGGUCCGUGGUGCUCGACAGAAAUCUUUCGUGCACCUGUACCGAUUCAUAAGUCUGGAGAAAUGCGCCAGGACUACGAGAAGCAAAAGACGAAGGGUGGAAGCAGUGAAGAAAACGAGGAGAGAAAGAAAAAAAUCCACAGAAAAGAAGAGUGUGGGGUGACGAAACUUUGUCAGUAUCCUUUCUGCGGGAUGUCGGACUCUGAGAAUGAAGAGCCGGUGGGAAAGAGGACCAGGCACGUCUCCGCAUUUGUGCGGAAAACAAGAUGCUCCCCUGCUUUCAAUAGAGGGUGUCUUCAUAGCAGCGCUGUUCAGAGGAGCCGGAGCUGUACAGACUCUGAGGAUGGAAGAGGAAAAACCAGAGGUCACACACAUCCUGCAGUUCCUGACAAGGCUAUCAUCGCUCACAGUUACAAUGCUGGAAUCCUCCUCUCCUCUGAAAACAGUCGCUCUUUCUCAGCCCCGGUUCUGAGCCUAGAUAAGAGACACCACUGGCGGGGCAUCCACACUUCAUCCGCUUCGCUCGUGCUUCAAACAAAACCAGAGAGGUCCAUUAGCCCAGAGAGCAACGAUAGCAUAUCUGAAGAGCUCAACCAUUUCAAGCCUAUAGUCUGCUCGCCGUGCACUCCACCCAAAAGGUUGCCCGAUGGGCGACUUUUGGAGCCUACGAUCGUGAAGUCAACGCCUAGGAACUUGACACGCGCUCUGCACAAGUCCACAAGCUACGAGGCCAGCCCGACCAUCCUGCAGAAGUGGAAGCAGAUCGAAGUUGAUCGUCAGAGCAUCAAGGUGACCUCGAAAGGUACAGUCACGAGUCCGAUCGCAGAGGAUCUAAGCCUUAAACUGAGUCCCGUUAAAGAGGGGGACAGUCGACUCUGCAGAUGUUCUGCGGCCAAGAACGGCGCACAAGAUCAUCAGUGCAUUUGUGAGUCAAGUGCUAAGGAUCGGAAGGAUAAACCUGCAAUCUGUAAUAAACGACGUCUUGUAUUUGAUCAGUGUAACAAAGGGGAAGGUGCACACAUCAGGUCGACAGCUCAAACCAUUGCAGAUACUUUAACUGCAAAAAGACGUAGCAGAUGUGAAGAACUCUGCGAACCCACAGAGAUUUGUAAAUCGAUGCUUGAUAAACACUCUGGACACUGUAAUCAGGGUACGAAACAACCCGAGAACUUUGUAAACGAGCCUACCACCAGGAGCUGUGUACUUAACAGACCUACCUCAAGAAGGGGCAAGAAGAGAAGCCACAAAACCAAACAUUUAGAAGACACCCUACAGACAAAAAUGUCCCGGACAGGUGCCUGUGACAGGCUUGAUGAUGCAGUUGUCCAGAGAAUGAAUCAGGAAAAGGAGGACCGAGAGCUGGCGCUGAAGCUACAAAGACAGUUUGACAGAGAAUGUCAAAAAGUGGACAGACACAAAACGAGUCGAAACAAAUAUGAACUCCGGUCCUGGGCUACAAAUGACAGGAUGGUAGGACACAAUACACGCAGAUCAGGAAGAAUCUCCAAAAGAAACGAGCACUUUAACUACAGCUGUUAAAGGGACCUCCGGUUAUGGUAGUGUUUUAUUGUAAUGAUUUGUCACACACAUUUUUUUUGUUGAGGCACUACAGCGGCUUUUUAAGAUCUGGAUAAGUAUUAUUUAUAUCUUUUUAUCUUUUCAUCCAAAGCAGCUUGUAAUAAUUGAGUCCACCUGGGGCAAAGGUGCCCAGACCUGUUCCUGGAGAUCUUACAAAGUUCAGGUUCCACCCUGAUCGAAACACAACUGAACCAGUUAAUUUGAUAAUUACAGACAGGUGUGUUGGUUCAGGGUUGUGUGUGAACUCUGCAGGUAGAUCUCCUGGAUCAGGACUGGACACCCCUGACCUAGAGCAAACUGGGGUCAAGUGCCUUUGCUUUGGGCAAAAUGGUGGUAUAGGACAAAUUUGGACUCUCAGCGACUUUCCCUUUUAUAGGAAUCUGGAUUUUAGGCUUUUUUGUUUCAAGGUUUGUUACUGUCUAACUGGCUUCUUCUACUCAAAAAGAGAGGAAACCGUGUAUAUGUUGUUUGGGGGGAAACAUAAACAAAACAUAAAGAAUUAUUUAUAAGGGUUUUUAGUACAUUAAGCCAGUGAUGACGGUACUCCUUACAAUCUCUUUGUGCUCAUUACAAUCACAAUCAAUCCUCAAGAAGUUAGUUUGCGUGUUUGAAGGUUAUCAUAGGACAUUUGUUGAACCUGAAGGCGGUUUGUACAAAAUUGUAGCAUAACCCUUUUUCUUUUGCAGUUUCCAGUGGUUUUGAAAGAUUUCUCUUGGCAUACCUCUAUCAGACGACUUUUUUUGAGAACGUUUUACGUGAAAAUGGAUAAAGAUUGUACCCUUAGGCCAGAAAACUACUCAACACAAGUACGUAGAUGCAAAUGCUUGCUCAACAAUUUGCAAGACCAGAGUCUUGUACGUAACCUGUAUACUGCUUUCUUGGUGUACUGUGGUGGAAACAAAGCUCAGUACUCAAGGCAGUAAUAGAAUUGCCUUCAAAUGUUUGUGCCAUUAACAACUCAAGUGAUCCAUACAACGAAAACAAUACAAAUAAGUUAUGUCUAAUAAAAUAGAAAGACACAGGGAAUGAGUAUUGAACACAUGAAGAAAAGUAGGUGCAAAAAGACAAGGAAAACCACAACAUCAGCUCAAGCCUAUCAGUGAUUGGAAAGCAGUCCUGCUCCUUUAGCUUAGCUGCUUCAAUCUACAGUACCAGGAUGAUGAAGAUAAAGUGAUCACAGUGAUCACAAAGACAGCCAUGGAAACGUUCGAUUGAUUGGCCAACCAAUCAUCUGACUUGAAUCCAAUAGAAAAAGUCCAUGGAAGAGGCCCACAACCUUCAACAUGUGAAGAUUGUGUGGAAGAAUGAGCACCAUUUUAGUACACGCAGCUUAAUUUCUGAAAUUUCAUGUGAACAGCACCUUUCAAAAAUAUAUUUACUAAGAAUAAUAGUGACAUGUUCAAUAUUUUACCCACUGUAUAUGGCAUCUGAAAACAGGUAAUGACUGUUGAACAAAUGCAAAUGUUGCAACACAUACUUGUUGCAGUGCAAAUACUGUCACACAUCUCCGUGUGUAAAAUCAAACUUGAGCAGCAAGAGUUUGCAUUUAGAUAUUUGUGCAGAGUAUGUUUUAAGCCUAAUUGUGCUAAUAUACGUUUUUCACUAUUAGGUAAAAUAAAAUGGUUUUUAAAACGCUAAAAUGCAUUGUGUAACAGUGUUGAGAUAAAUUAGGAUUUCUAAAGAAAUCUGAUUAGUUUUUUUUUUUGUUUGUUUGUUUUUUAAUUGAAAACCUGCCUUUUUUUCAUUUUCUUUCCAAACUGUAAUCUGCAUUCGGACAACUACAUUUAGUCAUUUAGCAGACGCCUUUAUCCAAAGCGAUAAAACUCUUCAAAAAGCUACAGCCCCACAAACGCAACAAACAUCUAGCAUGCUCACACAAGCAAAACAAGUAUGAGAAGUUGCUGUAAGACACUGGUUUUCUGUCACUGUGUGUGUGUGUGUUUAUCCAUAUCUCACCUUUAGCUUGAUGUUCACACUACUCUAAGGGCUACUUUCAUUUCCGAACUUUUAUUAAGCUUUGAUUACUAGAGAAAUCUAUUUUGUGACCUGUGUCUGUCAAAAAAAAGCUUUAGUGUUACUUUUGCUGAAAGAUGACACAUUCAGUUGGACCACAUGUAAAUGCACAUACAUUUAAUCCAAUCCACUUUGAUCUUGAUCUUUUUUUUUUUAUUACGAACAGAUUAAUUUCUAUACUGUGUACUUCUUUGUUAUGUGCCAACAUGUCUGAUUUUUGCAAAUCUGGCAAUCUUUCCUUUGUGUGUGUGUUUUUCCUUUUUUUUUAUGUAGGGAAUUUUAAGUUAUAUAUAAUUCUGUAGGCUACCAGAUGUACUAUUGGAGAAGAUAAACUAGAUUCGUAUGCAUUGCUGUACUAUUUUGGAAAUACGACUUGCCUAUAUUGAUACUGAUGCAAAGAUGUUAAUAGGAACUUUUCUGACGGGCUUUCAAAGCGCUUGGAUCGUCUUCCAUUGUUGAAAGGUAUUGCUGGAUCUGAAAGAGCGUCGCAUAUGUUUGGAUUCUGUGGAGAUGUAAAGCACACAUUAUAUUUAUUUGAACAGUUCUUUGUAAUAAUGUCAUCUUUUUAAAAUAUGCCAUUUAAAAAAAAAAACAGGAUUUUCUUGUAUCAGUCAACGAAACACUAUGGUCGUUACAACUGACUUGACAGGAAUUAAAUAAUGUAGCAUUCAUUCAGAAUUUAAAGACUUUUGUUACUUACAACUCUUUAGAUGCUCCAUAGGGUUGCAUUUAAUUUUUUUUCUUUCUUUUCUUGAACUAUACAUGCCUUGUUCCCUUAUGACAGACACUUCUAAAGGUAUUCGUUGUCAACUUUUUUUUUUUUUUUUCCCACUUGAUAAGUUUGCCAAUCAUUUUUUUCAUGUUUUGUCAUGUUCACCUUGAAGGAAUUCAUUGAAGAAAAUCAGAAUAUAAAGAAAAUAUAUAUCAAAUUAAUAAAGCAAGAUAAAUGUUAAACAUGA